AUGGAUAUUUCGUCAAUCCUGCAAGGUGGUUACCAGCACCCUCUGUCGCGCUCAUGGCAAGCCCAACGCCAGCUCACGAAAGAGAUGCUGAUGUAUCCUAUAUUCAUCACCGACGAUCCUGAUGCCAGCGAUAUCAUCGCUUCACUGCCGAAUCAACGUCGCUGGGGGAUCAACAAACUCCAGGGAUUCCUCGAUCCGCUUAUACGGAAAGGUCUGCGCAGUGUGAUCCUGUUCGGCGUGCCUUUGAAGUGUGUCAAGGAUGAAAGGGGGACACCAGCGGACGACACCGAGGGACCGGUGAUUUCAGCCAUCCGCCUCCUACGGGAUCUCUAUCCCUCGCUUUACAUCGCGUGUGACGUUUGCCUAUGCGAGUACACCUCACACGGACACUGCGGGGUCCUCCGCACCGAUGGCACCAUUGAGCCCGAGCCUUCCGUCGCACGCAUCGCCGAAGUCGCGUUAAACUACGCCAAGGCCGGCGCCCACUGCGUAGCCCCCAGCGACAUGAUGGACGGGCGAAUCAAAGCCAUCAAGCGCGCGCUGAUUGAUGGCGGUUAUGGGAACAGAUGUACAUUGAUGAGCUAUUCAGCGAAGUUUGCCAGCGGGCUGUAUGGCCCAUUCAGAGACGCGGCUGGAAGUGCGCCUUCGUUCGGUGAUAGGAAGUGCUAUCAAUUGCCUCCGGCUGCAAAAGGUCUUGCCUGCCGCGCCAUUCAACGCGACGUAGGCGAAGGAGCUGAUAUCAUAAUGGUCAAGCCCGCCUUGCCGUACCUCGAUAUCAUCUCCCAUGCGUCAAGGCUCGCCCCUGACCACCCCCUCGCCUGCUAUCAGGUCUCAGGGGAGUUUGCGAUGGUUCACGCGGGGGCUAAUGCAGGCGUAUACGAGCUCAGAACUAUGGCAUUCGAGACCGUUGAGAGUAUGAUCAGAGCAGGCGCAACGCUGAUUCUGACAUACUUCACACCCGAGUUCCUCGACUGGUUGGAGGUGUAA